UAAAUAGGUGGUGCAUGGAAAUAUAAACAGGAAGACCCAAUCAUCGGUUUAGUUCACUACACCCUCUGCCAGGGAGCGCUGAUGUCAGCGCUAACCGGAGUUGGGGGUCAUUGGUCCAUGUCUAUGUACACUAUGUUUACGACUUACGGUCCGCCCUUCCGCCCGCCGCCGUUCAAUUUCAGCACCGAGAUUCCAGAUAUUGUUUGAAAGUGAUUUUUCUUACGACGUUUUCAUGCUUGACUCCUCUUUACCGCGGAAGUUUUCACAUUGCUGGAAAAGUGAAAAAUGACCUCGAAGACUUUCAGACUACGUAUUCUGAAGGUAGCCACACAUGGGAUCACAGCAUGUUGCGGUGCUGCUGUUACUUACUACUACCUCAUUAAAAUACCCAAAGAAAGCAUCUCCACUGCGGAACUGACUUCAUCCUCCAAGUGGGAUCAUAACUGGGACAAGCGUGACCCGGCCAGUCUAGUAAAUCCUCUGAAAAAAAAUGGCGAUCCUGCAAAGGAUAACAAGUACAAUGAGGAGUUAGAGAAGCUUAAAUCAAAAGCAACCAGGCAUUUAAUUCUCAUCAGGCAUGGUCAAUACUAUCUCAGUGGCAAAACAGAUCAGGAGAGAGUGCUGACACCUCUUGGGCGGCGACAAGCUGAAUUAACAGGUUCCAGGCUUCAGGCCUUAAACUUGCCCUAUAAUUCUAUUAUCCACUCAUCGAUGCAGCGUGCCAUAGAAACUGCAACAAUUAUUCACAAAUUUUUGCCGGAUGUUCCUAUGAGUAGUUGUUCAAUGCUUGAAGAAGGUGCUCCGUAUCCUCCAGAACCGCAAGUCUCUCACUGGAAACCUGAAGCAGUGCAGUUUUUACGGGAUGGUGCGCGCAUAGAAGCUGCAUUUCGUAAAUACUUCCACCGUGCUCCACCUAGUCAGAAAGAGGACAGUUAUGAGAUAAUCGUUUGCCAUGCUAAUGUGAUCCGUUACUUUGUCUGCAGAGCGUUACAACUACCACCUGAAGCCUGGCUGCGUCUCUCCUUAAGUCAUGCCAGUUUAACUCAAAUAACUAUUCCCCCUUCUGGGAAUGCAAGAUUAAUCAUGUAUGGUGAUACAGGGUUCAUGUCACCGGAUAACAUCUCUCGUCAUAACAUCUCCAGCAAGAUUUAACAUCCCCAAUUGGAUUUUUAAUUUUUUGUCAUUUCUGUGAAGUUGGAGUGUGAUUAAAUGAAAAUCCGUGAAUGUAUUGUGAUCUAGCUUUAUAUUUUAUGAAUCUUGCAUCAAUAAUUUAAAGGAGAAUGAACUUUUGACAUACACGAUGGGAUGAGUAAUUAGAAUUUGUUAAGAGAUACCUCCCGUUAAAAAAUAUUUGACUCAAAUCCAAAUGGUAGACUGUGCUAUGGCCUAAAAACCCUAUUUCAGAAUGAAAUUUCUCUCAGUCUGUCUGCAUUUUCAAUCAAGUGAAAUUUUCCAAAGUUCAUCGACAGAAUUAAGUAACACAGAAUUAUAUAUCAGUAUGCACUGAUACAUAGUUUUUGUUUCAGAGAUUGAAUUUAGUAUCAGAAAAUCUCUUCAUGAAAGUUAUGUCUCCAAGGCCAAGUCUUAGUCUGAAAACCUAAUUUUCCACUGGAAGCUCCCACAGAAUGUGUACAUAGUGAAGUAGUGUCACAAUGAAGCACUGAAUUAUUGCGUUAGAGAACGAAGAUAGUAGGUGCCAGAAGUUCCCUAAGAUCUCAAAGCUAUAAAGUAGUCUGGUCACUUUGCAUGGUCAAUGACCAAGGAGAAAAGACUGUGCUAUUAAUUUAAGCAUUUUAUUUCAUUAUGCCUUAAACAAACAAUAAAUAAAGAAUUAAAAAAAAAAA